CGAACGAAACCGAACAUGGAAAAAGAGAACAUAGAACCAUUGACCGAGAGAAGGACGAGCGAUGAACUCGGUGCAGGUGCAAAUGCAGCUUCAACGAUUGUCAUGAAUUUCGUGGCCACCGAUCGCUUGUCCGAAAUAGUUUGGUCUCCAAACAAAGGUCUCUGCCUCAAAUGUACGGAGUGCAGCAAUAUGUUGAAUAAACAUUCCCUUCUCCGGGCUGCAGGACCGAGCAAUAUGGUGAAUCAGCAAACCAAUACAUCCUCCUCCACAUUCCUUGAUCUGAAUACUAAAGUUUCCGAGAACCAUGAAGAGAUACCAUCAGCGAAGGUGUCCACUGGCAAGCAUUCUCCAACUAAUAGCGGAAUCCAUAGACGCAGAAGAAAAGGAAAGGAGAAAGCUAUAUCUGAUGGAGAUGUUAAAGGGAUGAUGUCGAAAGAUGAGGAUGAUGACAGCGACGAGAGUGUCGAAAGUUGUAACAGUGCUGCAUUAUUCUCUACAGGAAAAAAACGGAAGGGCUUUGAGCAAGAGUUGAUUUUUGGGAGCAAAAGAGUGAAACAAGACAGUCCCUUUAUGAACUGGAUAUCAAACAUGAUGAAAGGGUUCUUGAAAGCGAAAGAUGAGAUGCCGUUGCUUACGCUUACUGCUGCAAAUACUAAUAAGUCACAUGGGAGCGACAUGAAGAAUCUUGAUGCAGGCAAUAAGAACCAAGAUCCGGGGUGCAGAAAUAUCGGUUUCCAAUCUAUUUUUCACACCAAGGUUCUAGGAACAUCACAAAUUGAAACUGAUCAAGUCGGACUCGAUCCAACUAACAAGAUCUGUGACAUCAAUGCUACUUCAGUCACCUGUCAUGGAGAAAACUUUAACUUCCUUAAUGUGUUUAAUGAAAGGUUCAAAAAACCAAUUUGUGGUGACAGGGUAGGUCCGAGCAAGAGAAGUAGAGAGGGAAAUAUUGUACAGAAUACGAGCUCGAACGAUUUUCCUGUGGAUGUGAGAAAGGAAAGAGCAAGCACUAGUUCUUCUUUAGGUAAACUAAAAAUGAACAUCAAGAACAUUGAUCUGGACACACCAUCAGAAGCAAAGACGGUUCAAAACAGUGGUCACAAAAGUAACCCUCCAGGGAGCUUGUGGAUAACUCGGUUUACUCCCAAGUCUUUUAGCUCGUCAUUGAGCCGGGAUACUGCUGGCGCUGUUGGGUGCUUUAGUGACUUCAUGAAGCAUACUCCUUGCUGCCAGAACAAUGUUAAUGUACCUAACAACCUCAAGACUCUGGGGACCAGGCAGCAAGGCCCCAAAGAGCAGCUAACCAAUUCGGAUAAAGAAUUGCCUUCUGCUACUGAAAUGGAGGCAUCCGUUACUAUUGGUUUACACUGCCUUAGAUCGAAAGAUUCAGAGGUGAUGGCUUCUCUUUACUGUAGGAGUUUAGAUGAUGCUCUCAAGCACAUCAUACCUUCUUGUGUUUUCGACAAUCAAACCUCGUCGACCGUCACCUGUUUCUUUUGUGGAAGGAAGGGUCAUCAUUUGGAAUGUUGUUCAGGGAUAACAGAUAAUAAGAUUGAAUAUCUGAAGAAUAUGAAGUCAUCUAAUAGAUUCGAAGAAUUACCUUGCUCGUGUGUUAGAUGCUUUGAACUCGGUCAUUGGGCUGUCAUAUGCCCUACUGCAUCAAAAGUCCAACAUCACUCAGAAUGUAGAGCUUCUUAUUCUAGUUUCGGUGAACUGUCAUGUUAUGCAAGAUUUGAAGAGAAUACGAAACUUUUAGACAAAAACCAAGAAGCGAUUCGGAUUGAAACCGGAAAAGGCCCCCGUACUCUCUAUGAAGUAACUGCAGACAAAAAGAAAUCAAACACAAAUGUGAAAAAGAUUCAUGUAGGUUCCUGUUCCAAGGAAAUCAAACCUUGGGAUAAUUUCACCAAUCAGCAUGAUACAGAUACACCAAAGGUAAUAUUCGAUGCUGUGAGGAUGCUUCGUUUGUCACGGGCAGACAUCCUGAAGUGGAAGAAUUCACGAACAUCAGUCCCACAUCUCGAAGGAUUUUUCCUGCGACUGAGGCUCACGAAGUGGGAGCAAGGAUUAGGAGGAACAGGAUAUUAUGUUGCCUGCAUAACUGAGGGAAACAAACAGGGCACCCAACGAGAUUCGAAGAACUCCAUUGCUGUUAACGUGGGGGGAAUCGAGUGCUAUGUCGAGAGCCAGUACAUCUCCAACCAUGAUUUUCUCGAGGAUGAGCUUACGGCAUGGUUGUGGGCAACCAAAAAGAGCGGCGGAAAGAUUCCAUCGGAAGAAGAACUGACGGUUAGAGUGAAAGAGAGAAGAAUGCUAAGGUUUUAGGGCCUUUUUAUUUCAGGUUCAGCUGUUGAUGUGUGUUAUCUUGUUUUCACAGAACUUGUGAGGUAGUCAACAAUAGUGUGAGAAACCAAACAAGUAUACAACAGUUGCCUUGACACUACUACAUGCAAAACACAUUUGGAUUAUUUAGUCAUUAUGUUCACAGACCCGAUAAUGGCAUUUAAAGACUCGGUUAACACGGA